AAAAAAUAAGUUAGCAAAAUGUAUUUCCCACUAAAAAUUAGGGACUUAACUGCAAAUGUGAAGGGCACCAUGGGUCCCACUGGGCUCCACAGUCGGCAAAACACUCAUCGGAAAAAAUGAAAAAUUUCAUCUCUACUUUCGAAGCAAUCAAAGAAGCAGUUGAUGGUUGCUAGCCACGGAUUUGCGGAGCGCGUGUGAGGGUUGGAUCUGCUGCAGCAAUGGCUCCCCGUAACAGCUCUGCUCAUCAAUCUCAACCGUUGCCGCUGGUAGUUACGCUCAACUGCAUCGAAGAUACAGCCGUCGAGCAGGAAUGCCUCUCCGGCGCGGCGCUAGUCGAGCACGUGCCGCUCAGCCACCUCGCGGACUCGCGGAUUGAAUCCGCCGCCGCCGUCCUCAUCCACUCCCUCGCGUUCCUCCCCCGCGCCGCGCAGCGCCGGCUCCGCCCCUGGCAGCUGAUCCUCUGCCUCGGCUCGUCCGACCGCGCCGUCGACUCGGCUCUGGCCGCAGAGCUCGGGCUGGAUCGGCUGGUCCACGUCGACGUGAGCCGGGCGGAGGAGGUGGCGGACACUGUUAUGGCGCUCGUUUUGGGGUUGCUGCGGCGCACGCAUCUCCUGUCGAGGCACGCCCUCUCCGCGGCGGGGUGGCUCGGCUCGUUGCAGCCGCUGUGCCGUGGAAUGCGGCGCUGCCGGGGACUGGUGUUGGGCAUUGUGGGGAGGUCUGCGUCGGCGACGUCGUUGGCUAGCAAGAGCUUGGCGUUUAAGAUGAGCGUGCUCUAUUUUGAUGUGCAAGAGGGAAAUCGUAGAGUAAAUAGGUCUUCCAUAGGAUUCCCACCUGCUGCUAGAAGAAUGGAUACACUUAAUGAUUUGCUUGCUGCAAGUGAUGUUAUAUCACUGCACUGUGCUUUGACUGAGGAAACAAUUCAAAUUAUGAACGCAGAUUGUCUACAACACGUAAAGCCUGGGUCGUUUCUUGUGAAUACUGGUAGUAGCCAGCUACUGGAUGAUUGUUCUAUAAAGCAACUUUUGCUUGAUGGCACUCUUGCAGGCUGUGCCAUAGAUGGUGCAGAAGGCCCCCAAUGGAUGGAAGCAUGGGUUAGAGAAAUGCCCAAUGUUCUGAUACUGCCUCAGAGUGCAGAUUAUAGUGAAGAAGUAUGGAUGGAAAUAAGGGAGAAGGCAAUUUCCAUACUGCAGCAGUUCUUUAUUGAUAAUGUUAUUCCUAAACAUGAUGUGUCUGACGAGGAAGAAGACGAGGAAAGUGAGGUGGGCUAUGAAAGACGUCUCUCAAUGGAGAAUGAAACUUCACAUCAAGGUUCUGUCUGUGACAGAGUGACUGGAGAUAUUGAGCUACAUGCUGAAAGCUCCCAGAAAAAGGUUUUGAACCAGGCCAAAGAUACCUCAUCUCAAAAUCAAGGUUCGAUUUUGUCUCAAACUACAUCCAACAGAUCUGAACUGAAGCCAAGUAGAUUGAGUAAGAAGGCUAAAAAAAGGCAUGGUCAUCAUAAAUCUCAGUCUAAAACAGAUAAUUUAAUUUCUGGAAAAGAAAGCAUUUCUUACAGAGAAGAUGAUGCUAGUAUGAGUGGCACGGAUCAGGUGCUGAGUUCUAGUUCACGUUCUGCUUCUCCCGAAGAAUCAAGGAAUCAUAGGAAGACAUCAAUUGACUCAAAAUCUGAAUUACGUGCUGCACUUCUCUUAAAAUCGAGCAUAGAACUUGGUAAAAAAGUGGGCGAGCUGCUUAAAGAUGGUUAUAUUAUAGCUUUACAUGCCAGAGAUCACCGCACACUUCAUGUCUCAAGGCAAAGAGUUCAAGGGGGUGGUUGGUUCUUGGACACGUUGUCAGAUGUAACAAAAAGAGAUCCUGCAGCGCAAUUCCUGGUUGUUUCUAGAAGCAAGGAUACAUUUGGUUUUAGGUCAUUUACUGCUGGGGGAAAAUUGCUACAGAUAAAUAGAAGAAUGGAAUUUGUAUUUGCUAGUCAUAGCUUCGAUGUUUGGGAGAGUUGGACGCUUGAGGGUUCUUUAGAAGAAUGCAGGCUGGUGAACUGCAGAAAUCCUCUGGCUGUGUUGGAUGUUCGAGUUGAAAUCGUUGCAGCCAUAGGCGAAGACGGUAUUACUCGUUGGCUUGAUUAGGUUAUUGAAACUAAUUCUUGACCUCAUUUUUGACUGACGUGCACACACAUUUUGUUUACUCUGAGCUUUGUGAUGUAUACAUAUACCAAGAGCUCAUGAUAUUCCAAGAAUCUGCAUUUGGUGAGAUAUGAAAAUGAGUAUUCUAUCUCAA